AAUAACAUUUUUUUUUCUUUUCUCUCUCCAGCUGGGAGUGUUCACUCUCCCUCUACAAGUAUGGCAACAUCUGCGCAAUAUAGACAACUUAUAAAUGACUACGGACCCCCAUCUCUAGGCUAUACACAAGGGAUGCAGGGUACUAGCAGCAGUCAAGUACCACAAAGCAAAUACGCAGAACUUCUAGCCAUCAUAGAAGAAUUAGGAAAAGAGAUUAGACCCACAUAUGCUGGGAGUAAAAGUGCGAUGGAGCGGCUAAAAAGAGGCAUUAUUCAUGCUAGAGGAUUAGUUCGGGAAUGCCUGGCUGAGACGGAACGAAAUGCAAGAUCCUAGCCCACUAAUUCAGUUGCAAGAUUUUCCAUCUCUUAAUGAAGAAAAAGUAACACUUAUUCCUUUUGACUCUUGAAACAUUCAGACAAAUUCCUUUAUUUUGAAUGUUUUACCUUUCUUGUUUUGCCCUUACAAAAAUGUAUAGUUAAGAAUGAGAAAACAAGGAUUUUUCAACUUAAUGAGGGUUUGCAUUUUGUAAAGACAUUAAAACUCCCUAAAAUGUUUCUAAAACAUGAAAACUGAACUGCAUGCAGAGGAA